AUGUCGAAAAACAGAACCGGAAUCUACGCUGCUCUCGCCGUUGCAGGCGCUGGAGGCUACUACCUCUACCGCGCGGGCGGCGAUCCCAAUGCCGCGAAGGAGGCCAUGAAGCACGACGCCGACCGAGCCCGUAAUCAGUCGCCCACCUUGAACGACGCCCAACGACUUGGCGAACAGGCCAGUGCGGAUGCGCAGUCUCACUAUCAGGACGCGAAAAACGCGGCCAUCAACAAGGCUCAGAACGUUCAAACCCAGGCCUCCGGGCUGGCGCACGACGGCGUCAACAAGCUGGACGAGUACCGACAAGACGCUUCGUCGAAGGUGCGCUCGAAUGUCGACAAGUUUGAUAACGCGGUCGAGGAGAAGGCGUCUGAGGCGAAGGGAACGUUGUCGGGGUGGUUUGGAAGUGGGAAGAAAUAG